AACAAGGCCUAACAGAAUUAAGAACUGCAUAUAUAUCAACACAGAGGGAAGAAGCCCCAUUAAGCAAUUUAACAAAGCAUAUCUCACCCAGACAAAGUCGCAGAACUAACAGAAGGAGGAGCCUGGUAGGCUGGUACAGCAAAAAAUAAGGCCCUACUCACAAUAACAGAAGGGGUCCAAUUGAUGAUAAUGAGUUUGCUUAAAGCUCUGGCAUGCUCAUAUUGCAUAUUCAAUAGGGAAUUGGAGCUUGCAUUUUGUGAGUUUUAUAUGAUCUGAAAAGGGUACUCAAGUUUAAGAUCAAGAAUUUGCUGGAGUGAAAGAUCAAGAAGAAAGACAAUGAUUGCUACUAGCAAGGAAGAUGGGAAAUUGAGUGAUAGGAAAAUGGAAGGAGAUGAGGGUAUGAGGACAUUGGAGUGCCUAAGAGGAAGACUACUGGCAGAGAGACAAGCUUCAAGGGUGGCAAAAGAGGAUGCAGAAUCCAUGGCCAAGAAGUUGAUAGAGCUACAGAACAGGCUGAAAGAAGAGACGAAAUUGAAGAACAAAGCUGAAAAGAAGCUCAAAUUCUUGAAGACAAAGCUUGAAUCUUUGAAACCUUCUUCUGUACCAGUUGAAUCAGAACAGUCAAGUUCCUCCGAAUGUAGUGAAACAUCUAGAAGGCAAUCCACAAGUACUUCAAGCUCCAAUAACCCAGAAGACAAUGAGCCCAAGCCCACAGUCAAAGACUCAAACUUCUCAGGAACAUCCAGUCAAAAUCAAGUAGUGAAGUCCACCACAUCUGAGAAAAGUCAUGAGAGUGAUCUUUUCACUGAAGAAAAUUCAACUGCUCAAAGUACUAGUCCUGCUUCCAGUUCCACUUCUAGCUUAGAAUUUCCUUCCCCAGAAUACUCGGGUCAUAAAUCUGAAGAUUCAAAGAGUGGUGAUCAUAUUAGUUACUCAAACCAAAAGUCUACAAUGGAAAAGAUUGAGAAUGAGAAUGGGAACUUGGAUUAUGUUGAUAACAAACUUGCAUUAGUCCCUGUGAUUAUGCCUGCUACCUCUCACACCAGUACAACUGACCUGAAGCCAGUCAGUGCAAGUGUUAGAGAAGUUCUUGAUGUUCUAAGGCAUAUCAGAGAAAAUAUUCAAAGUUCAAUGGAGAAAAGGCACGUGACUAGAGUAACUGGCCCAACUGAUCAAACUCAAACAUGCAAAUAGCAAUAAACAAUAAUGUAUUAUAAUCAAAUUCUUUUUAGAUGAUCUAGUUGAAUAUGAUACAUUGUAUACGAAAGAGCAGAGUGUUUGGAUGGAUUAAUAUUUGUCGAUGAGUAAUAAAGUUGCUUGGGCUGUGCACAAUUCAGUCACAGAGAGCAUGUGAA